UCUCUCUCUACACUACCCUACCCUACGUCCUCCCCCGUCGCCGCCCCCCUCCUCUCCCCUCCACCACCCCCCGCCGGCGCCGGCGGACCGCCGUCCCGCCUCCUCCCCCACCCCCCGCGGGCGGCGGAUCGCCGGAUCCCAGCCCGAUCCUGAGCCGGCUCCCGCCGAUCCACCCGGGCCGCGCGGUUCCCGAUCUGAUCCAUCCCGCCGGCGCGAUCCCGUGGUGCGAUUGUCCCACGGUCGGGGGGCUCGGGGUCAGGCGGGCUGGUAGAUAGAUAGAUGAAGGUUUCCGCGUCCUCGCUGUUCCGAUCCGUGUACCAGUAGGUUCCCCUGGUCGGGUCGGACUAGGAUUCGUGCUCAUCUUGGAAGCCAACAUAUAGAGAGGUCGAGGCACCGUGCUGUGGGAUUCGUACGAGAGAAAUCCUGCUCUGCCCCGUUCGGUUCCGCGCGAAAGAUAAGAUUUUGGGGGCGGGUGGGCUGCAAUUUUGCCGAGGCGCCGAUCUGUUUGAGUUAUUAGGGUUUCCUUUCCUUGAGAUUUUGCCCUGAAGCCGGCCCUUCCGGGAGUUAGGAUUUUGCGGUUCAACUAUCUAGGAGGCUUUGCCUUUUCCGUGAGAGACGAAUGACGACCUCUAAUAAGCCGAUUUCGCUGGCUGGGCCGGUCGACGCUGAUGUCCUCAGGACAGCGGAGUUAAACAAGUUCUUGGUUGAUGCUGGGCUGUAUGAAACCGUGGAGGAGUCCGCUAGACGAGAGGAGGUGCUGUGGGAGCUUGACAAGAUUGUCAAAGACUGGGUCAAGCAGUUAACUAGUCAGAGGGGGUACACCGAUCAAAUGGUGGAAGAGGCUAAUGCAGUGCUUUUCACCUUCGGGUCAUACCGUCUUGGGGUCCAUGGACCUGGGGCUGAUAUCGACACGUUAUGUGUUGGGCCUUCUUAUGUGAAUCGUGAGGAGGACUUCUUUAUUGUACUGCAUGACAUAUUGUCGCAAACAGAGGAAGUGACUCACCUCCAACCUGUACCUGAUGCACAUGUCCCUGUUAUGAAAUUUAAAUUCCAUGGGAUAUCAAUUGACCUUCUUUAUGCCAGCGUUUCUCUCUUAGUUGUACCAUCUGAUUUGGAUAUCUCUCAGGAAUCAGUGCUUUAUGAGAUUGAUGAAGCUACUGUUCGCAGUCUUACUGGCUGCAGAGUGGCUGACCAAAUUCUCAGGCUUGUUCCGAAUAUUGAGAACUUCCGAACAACACUAAGGUGUUUGAAGCAUUGGGCAAAAAGAAGAGGUGUUUACUCAAAUGUUACUGGUUUUCUUGGAGGUGUCAAUUGGGCAUUACUGGUUGCACGUGUCUGCCAGCUCUAUCCUAAUGCUGUACCAAGUAUGCUGGUCUCGAGAUUCUUCAGAGUCUUCACCCAGUGGCACUGGCCAACUCCAGUGAUGCUGUGUGCUAUUGAAGAGGAGGAGCUUGGUUUUCCUGUCUGGGAUCCGCGAAAGAAUCCUCGUGAUAGAACUCAUCAUAUGCCUAUUAUCACCCCAGCAUAUCCAUGCAUGAACUCCAGCUACAAUGUAUCAACCAGCACACUGAGGGUUAUGAUAGAGCAAUUUCAGUUUGGCAAUAAAAUAUGCCAGGAAAUUGAGCUGAAUAAGGCUAAUUGGUCUGCCCUUUUUGAACCUUUCAAUUUCUUUGAGGCAUAUAAAAAUUAUCUACAAGUUGACAUCAUCGCCGAGGAUGAUGAGGAUCUUAGACUUUGGAAGGGAUGGGUGGAGUCUCGGUUAAGGCAACUGACUUUAAAGAUUGAACGGGAUACAUAUGGGAAGUUGCAAUGCCAUCCUUACCCAUCAGAGUAUGCAGAUCCUUCUAGACAGUGUGCUCAUUGCGCUUUCUUCAUGGGUUUAUCAAGGAAAGAAGGUGUGAAAAUACAAGAAGGUCAAGCGUUUGAUAUACGUGGGACAGUUGAUGAGUUUAGGCAUGAAAUCAACAUGUAUAUGUUCUGGAAGCCUGGGAUGGAGUUGGCUGUUUCUCAUGUUCGGAGGAAGGAAAUUCCAGCUUAUGUAUUCCCAGAAGGAUAUAGGAGACCUCGUCCUCAGAGACAUGUGAAUCAUCAUCAACAGUCUGAUAAAAAUGCAACUGAGAAUGGCACAUUGACUGGAUCUCCAGAUGGUCAGCUAAAGAGGAAGCAUGCUUCUGCUGGAGUGGAUGAUACUGAACCUUGCAGAUCUGUUAAGAGGGCUUCAGUCAGCCCAGUUCACCCCAAAACUUCAUCACCUCUGUCUGGGAGCCCGGUUCACCCCAAAACUUCAUCACCUCUGUCGGGGAAUGUUAGUGACGAUCCCACAAGCAACAACCAAACCAAAGAUACUUCUAAUGCAAGCGGUGGGAGUCAGGAUUCCCCUAGCAGUGGCAAUGUAGAACAAGCAAAGUGUUCAAGUUCAUCACAGGCAUCUGAGAAAAGCUUGGAUUCGAUCCCAUCAGGAUCCAAAUGUGUGAAAGUGGAAGCUGCAUGUUCCGGUGACGUGACCAGCAAGCAAGCAAAUUGUAUUUCACAUGUCAAUGACAACACCGCUCCAGCUGUUGUAGUCAGUACAACUUUAAAGCGUGUUGCUGAGAAGGUUGUAUUGGAGCUCGUUGGAAGUGAAAGCUUGGGAGGCAAUAACGCAGAUUUACUGCACAUCACAGAAACGGACAUGGGAAAUGUCCUUGCUGAAAAAGUGCACUUCGGUGGGAAUGGAGUUUCUCAGAGCGGCCUCCAUGAAGAGCUAGAGCUCAUGCAGGUGUGAACUCGGCUGGAUCCUAGAAGUCGGCACUGAGGCAUGGUCUUGAACCCAAUUCUUGUACAUUGAGUAUUGCUGUUGUUCCGUUUUCUUUAUACUCUGCUUUUCGGUAUUUGUUUGCUACUUUCUGCAGGGUUAGGCUGAUGUGUCAACAGCAUGAAGUUGGAGAACGGAGGAAUGGAGGGUCUGGUGUCUCUUUGGUAAGUUGCUCAACUCACAAACUUUCCUUUUGGACACAGAUCUGCAAAAGCACUGGGGAUCCUUGGAAGGAAGAUAGUGGAAAAUCAUGUCAGGCAAUGACAUGGCAAAAACAGCAUUCAAGCAAAGUUUCCGUCAUGGAGGCCAUAAGAUGUCUACCAGCUCUAGAUUAUGGCAAGUUCUUUUAUCGAGCCUAGCUCACCCUGUAACUUCGUGUCCAGAGUUGCGGUGUAGCUGGCUCUAAUGGAUCAGCAGGCCCCCUUGGGUUGACUUGUUAACUUUCCAGGGCUGCCCUGCUCUUCUGCUGUAGAUCUAGAAUUGGAAUAGACGUGACUUAUCCUCCUGUAAUUCUCAAGGCCCCAUUUGUACCCCUCCAUCCGUUGUAAUAUAAGAUUUGCAAGAUGGUUCAUUGUA